GCACAUAGAAUCAAAACCAUGCACCUCACAAACACCUUAUAAAGACCCUCUCCCACCCCCAUCGCAUAAUUAAUUCCCCCCAAAUCCACCUCCUUCCAGUCUUCUCCCCUUCUUCUUCCUUAAUCUUCAACUCCCUCCUAACGGUCAACGCCGGUCAAAACCCAUGACCACCUACGGCACGAUCCCGACCUCGUCGUCUACGCAGGGCCCCUCCGGCGAGUACAUCUCGCGCGCCAAGGAGCGCAUCAAGGCCGGCCUCGGCGCUCGCCGGCCAUGGAAGCUCAUGUUCAACUUCAGAUCCUUCAACUUCCCGUCGCCGUUCCGCGAGGUCUUCGGGCGAAUCCGAUCGAACGUCGCCUACUUCCGGAUGAACUACGCGAUCGUGAUGCUGCUGAUCCUCUUCCUCAGCCUCCUCUGGCAUCCGAUCUCGCUAAUCGUGUUCAUCAUCAUGAUGGCCGCCUGGCUCUUCCUCUACUUCCUCCGCGACGAGCCCCUCGUGCUCUUCGGCAAAACGGUGGACGAUCGAGUCGUUUUGAUCGUCUUGGCGGUGGUCACGAUCGUGCUCUUGUUCUUGACCCACGCGACGGUGAAUAUUUUGGUGGCGCUGUUGAUUGGGGUUGUGUUGGUGGUCGUGCACGCGGGGUUGAGAAAGACGGAUGAUUUGUUUGUGGAUGAGGAGAACUCUGGCUUGUUGACGACCCCUGCCGCAUCUUCUUCAUCUACUUAAUUCAAUCCAAUUCAAUUCUCUGUUUUUUUCUUUUUUCUUUUUUCCUUCUGUUUUGUAAUUUUGGGUUUUGAUGAUUGAUGAUUGAAGUUAUUGUUAUCUGCCACUCCGCCCCUAAUUUGUUCUUUGGUGAUCAAUCUAGUGAAGUUAAUAAUUUUUUUUCUUAAAUGUUCAAUAGAAGAGCGGGAAUUCGAACACAGAACCUCCGUAACUUGAGCUACAAGCACUUAGGGUUUUUGGGUUUAGGGAUCUCUUUUGGUGGAAUGGGGGAUGUGGUUUGGAAAAUGUUGGUCCAAAUCUUUUUAAUCUGAAGUCAAAUUCAGAUUUAAGUGGGAUUUGUUGUGCGGAGUGACUUGGCAGUGGUCACUGUGGAUUGGGUGAAAUUUUGAGGAGAUCAUAUGAUUUGGAAGGAAAAACACCUGAGAAACUGCAAAUGUAUUGAAACUCGGAAAAUUCGGCGUAGUAAUGAAGUGAAAAUUUUACCCAUUUGCUUUAA